GGCCAUUUCUCAAGUGUGUAUCGGUUUGAAUCUCGGAUUUUUAGAGCUGUUGGAACUAUAAACUGACACAAAAGCAACAUCCUGUGACCUGUACCCGCUAAACACAAGCGCAAGGUGAUCACAGUGGGGAAAUAGUGACGAUACGAAGGGCCUGGCGUGUGGUGAUUUGAAAUAGAUUAUCGCGUGCUGUGUUUUCGGGAGUUUCGCAUGGACAUACCUAUUGGAGUAAUAGACAACAACAACAAUAACAGCAACAGCAGCGGAUUGGAGUACCAAGACAACAGCAACUGCAGCAACAGCCGCAGCGGCAGAUUGGAGUAACAAGACAACUACAGCAACAGUAGCGGAUACCCUGUUGACAAGACUGCAUCCCGUGUCCUACCGCUGAAGAGCCCAGACAGCUAGAUCUUGUGCUCACUGCGGCCGCCCACCAGCCACUGACCACGGCGUCAGGGGAGGGCGGGGAGCGGCGCGGGGAGAUGGUCACUGUGGGCUCGCCCACGGUCAAGAUGAGGCUCAGCCACAUGCUGCACAACGCCACCCACCACUCCAAGAGCAAAGCCAACGGUGGCGAAAUACAGUGGUGCUUCUCCCAGGUGAAAGGCUCAAUUGAAGAGGAUGUCGCCGAUGCGGAUAUAAUUUCCUGUGUUGAGUUCAACAGUGAUGGAGAUCUUUUGGCAACAGGAGACAAGGGUGGUAGAGUUGUCAUCUUUCAGCGUGAUAAAGCGAGCAAGAAUGCUGUCCCAAGCAGGGGAGAGUACAAUGUGUAUAGCACGUUCCAGUCUCAUGAGCCUGAAUUUGACUACUUGAAGAGUCUUGAGAUAGAGGAAAAGAUCAACAAAAUCCGUUGGUUGCAGCAAACAAACAGGAACCAUUUUUUAUUGUCAACUAAUGACAAGACGAUAAAGCUUUGGAAAGUUGCUGAGCGAAAUAAACGACCUGAAGGAUAUAACUUGAAAGAUGAAUUGGGACAAUCCCGCAAUCCCACAUCAAUCACCUCUCUUUGUGUGCCAGUGUUUCAGCCAAUGGAACUUAUGGUUGAAGCAUCACCCAAGCGUGUGUUUGCCAAUGCUCACACGUAUCACAUCAACUCCAUAUCUGUGAACAGCGACUUAGAAACCUAUCUCUCAGCAGAUGAUCUGCGUAUCAACCUUUGGAACUUGGAAAUUACAGAUCAAAGUUUCAACAUAGUUGACAUCAAACCAGCCAACAUGGAGGAGCUUACAGAAGUGAUAACAGCUGCAGAGUUUCACCCCAAAGAAUGUAACAUGUUUGUGUACAGCAGCAGCAAGGGAAGCAUUCGACUAUGUGACAUGAGGGAACAAGCCUUGUGUGACAAGCAUGCCAAACUUUUUGAGGAACCUGAAGACCCAACAACCCGGAGCUUCUUCUCGGAAAUCAUUUCUAGUAUAUCGGAUGUGAAAUUUAGUCACAGUGGUCGCUACAUGAUUACCAGAGACUAUUUGUCUGUCAAAGUGUGGGAUUUGAACAUGGAGAACAAGCCUGUGGAAACUUAUCAAGUGCAUGAAUACCUUAGGAAUAAACUCUGUUCACUGUAUGAAAAUGACUGCAUCUUUGACAAGUUCGAAUGCUCUUGGAGUGGUGAUGACAAGCACAUCAUGACUGGAUCUUACAACAAUUUCUUCAGAAUGUUUGAUAGAGACAACAGAAGGGAUACUACUCUUGAAGCAUGCAGGGAAAUCACAAAACCAAGGACAGUCCUCAAGCCUCGUAAAGUUUGCACAGGAGGGAAGAGAAAGAAAGAUGAGAUUAGUGUUGACUGCCUAGAUUUCAAUAAGAAAAUACUUCACACAGCUUGGCACCCCUUAGAGAAUAUUGUUGCAAUAGCUGCCACUAACAAUUUAUAUGUGUUUUCUAGUAAAGAUUAACCAAGGUCACGUUUAGUUGAUAUUUAUUCACCACACCACUUAUACGGUUGAGUGGUGUCAACCCUUCACUUUCGCCCAGAGGGUGAGGCAGGGGGCCAUGUUUUAAUCAGUCUUUCCACGUGACGGAUCAUUGCUCAAGUGUGGAUCAAGCCCCCGUGUCCAUGUGAUGGUGUGUGCCACUUUUCACAGCCUUCCACUGUCCUCAGAGCAUUGUUUUCACAAGUAUUUUCCAACUCGUGGAGGAUCAAGGAGACUGAACUCCACAAAUGUGCAAUGCGUUUGGACGGCCAGUUUCCUGUUGUGGACUGCUUAGCUUGUCAUGUAAAUGGAAUAAUUGACAUCAAAUACUGCAUUCCUCUCUUGUGAAGUUUGUGUCAAGAUUUGUCCAUGUAUGUAUUGGAAAUUACAAUGUGAGUACCAAUUUCCAGUAUUGUUUAAACAGGGUUCUGUGACUUGUAACAAGCGGUAUGUGAUAGAGACAGAUGAAAUGGACCAAUUUGACUGUCCUGUAUACAACCAACAAGGUCUGUGUUCCACAAUUUGAUUUGGCUUUGAGAAUUCUAAAAUACAUUUUAUUAUGAGGUAUUUUGUGUUUUUCUGUACUGUGAAACUUGAAAUCACUAGUAUGUGUUGAUAGCGUGGAUCGCAAGAACCACAAGUAUUGAUUUGUUGUCAAGUACACAUAAGGUACCUUAUACAUAUGUUGAAAAUAUAAUGGUACCGUUUUCACCGUUGUCAAAACAGUACUUCAUCUCACAAUCAUUCUGCAAGUCGUGUUGUUUCCUCCCAAACAUUUGUCUUUCCACAUUAUUGGGGUUUUUUUGUUUGUUUGUUUUUUGUUUUUUUUGUACUCUUUGUGUCUCCUUAAUUUGGUACUUUUAAUACUCUUAUUAUCGUUUUGUGCACGUCAUUAAGUCACCUGUCAUAUAAGUGGGACUCUGUUGUUGUAUUGUUUUUCACUUGUCUAACAAGGUCUGCCAUAAUUUUUUUAUAUGAUGUGCACGAGCAGAUUGUUGUAGCUUUGAUGCCAUGUUAGCUUUAUGAUGUUUAUGUGCGAGUCGCUCGGUUGAAUUUGCAGUGGGUUCUACUUAUAGUUCCAGAAGUUGAACUGACACAACUUAAUAUUUUUUAAUAGAAUAGGUCUACUGUUUGUACUUCUCAAUUCCUUUUCAAUUUUUGUUCACAAACUCCACAUCAAGUGUAGUUUCUUUAUACUGGCUCAGGACGCUCUAUCUUUCGAUGACUCUAUUGGCCCAAGUACAUUUUACUGCGGUAAUGUGAUGAUGGUUUUGCUUGGUUGAUUUAGAAAGCUUUGAUGAUAUAUGCUGAAAAUCUCAGAUUUUUUUUUUUGUAAGUUGACUAAUGAAUGUCGUUUUUGAAGUUUGAUUUUGAAUGGUGACUGGAUUGUGUAUAUUCCGUUCUCAUUGUUUUAUAUGAUUAGAAAAGAUAAAACAAAAUAAAAACUUUAAACCUUGUCUCUUUGUUUUGGCCAAUGUAUAAUGCUACAAGUGGGAUAGCAGUGUAUUGGUUUUGCUCCAACAAUGCAGCAACGAACAGGAGAGCUUAAACAGUUUGCUUUCAAAGUUGUCUUCAGUCAUGUUUGGGAUCGCAAGUAUAUGUUCAGAUGGCAGUGAAUGAUGUAUAUCUUCAUGCCAUAUGGAAAUCUCAGUAGUGCAGUGUAAAAUGUCAUGCUACUUUGUUUGUGUCUAAAAUGUCCACAAACUCGUGAAUAGGAAUUAUGCUCAGCUUCCUUUGAGCUUCGCUGAUGUGCCUCGAGGAAAUGCAGGAAAGAAGAAAUAGAGUUGCUUGUGGCAUUGAGGGUGUAACAUAAUUCCAGGUGAGAAAGAAAUGGCUUGAAGCUGGUAGCAACUGCUGUAGACUGUUGUGAAUGAUCACCUAAAAUGGUACAAAUUACAUUAAUUUGUCUGCGUGUUUUCCCCCUCCCACCGGCUAAGAUGAUAGCUUGUCACGCAAUAACUUAUUCAUAUGUUGUGUGCACUUUGUCAUAUGAUUAUCUAUUGUCGCAUUCUAUAAGUAACUGACACAUGAAUGUCUUUCAGUUCAUCUAUGAGGGCAAUAGAUAAACUGGAAUUAUUUUCAUUUUUCUCUUUUGGGGGUGAUCCGUUUGAAUGAAUGUACAAAGUAUUAUUGGCAUCUGACGUAAGGAUGUAUGUGUAUUGGUAGUGCACACAAUCUCCCUAUGCAUGCUAAUAUGUACCUGUACUUUGGAAAAUGAAUGCAUUCCUGGAAAAUGACAGAAAUCUGGCAGUCAUGUUCUCAUUGAAAAUCAUUGUAUUGUACUCAUCUUGUAAGAUGAAUGAUCAUGGAGUAUGCAGUGUGCAUUUUGUUACAUUUUGUGGACAUAUUACACGACCUGAUGUUUGUAAUAUGAGGUUAGUGGAAGAAGCUUUAGGGCUGCCCCACUUCACUGUCCCAUUCUCAUAGCUAAAAUUAAAGAAAUGGAUAAGGUUUAGAAGGUAACUCAGGACUCCCUCCAUUUGUUUUGGUAUGUUCAGACAUUUAUCAUUGAUUGAUUUAUGAAAUUUAAAUAGCAUGGCUCUUGCUCUUCUGAUUUUAUUGACAUGCAUGGUUUUCUGUUUUCAACAAUACUGUCAUGAUAUGUCAUUUCCAUUAUGCAGGAUUUGAAGGUAAAGCAAUAAUUUUGCAAAUCAUGUUACAAGCACAACAAGAAAAAUGUGGUGAAGACAUCCUGAGUCCAUAUAGAUAGUCCAUAUUCAUUAGAGGUGGGCCCUGUCUUUUACUUAAGGGGGGUACUAAACAUUUUUUCGUCUUUUUACCGCAAUAAUGUGCUGGCGUAUUUGCAUUUGUGCCCUUUUGUGUUUUGAGGUUGAUUUUUUUACUUAUGUAAAUGCUGGUCACUGAACUUGGGAUUGUAUGGAUGGUGUCUGCUGGUGUGAUCAUUACUUGUUAUGGUGCUAAUCGUAAUGUAAGGGCUAUACCAAGCUUCACUGUUAUUAAAAGGGUCUCCUGCAAAAGGAUAUGUUAGAAGAAUUAUAGGAGGUGGGAUGGUGUCCUGAAAUGAUUUUGAAAAGAUGAAAGUUUUUAAUUGGUCCAUAAUGGAAAUAAAGGGGCAGGAAAGAUCGUAAAAUUGUCAAGUUUCAAGGAAGAAAAAUUCGAAUACACAGAGUUGGAAUGGUUUUUAAAAAUUUUUUCUUGUUCAGGUUGAAUUGGAUAUAAAUGGCAUGAAAAUGUGAAGUUCUCAAGAGCUUUGGAGCUGCACUGUUGGUGUCGGAAGCUGUUGCACUCAAUGCUAGUUUCCAACUUGCCGCCAGUCUUAUCCUUGAAGACUAGUGGUAUAGAACAUGCAGUGCAACGUGGCAGAACUCUGUUUAGGUGGGCAUUUUUUCUAGUUUCAAACUUCAUCUUUGUAACAAGAAAGUUUGUCCUGCAGUUAUGAAGAAGUACAAGGGAUGAUAGGUAUGGAGUGCUAACGUAAAGUUUUGGAAGAUUUUUGUAUAAGUACAGUGUUACAACUGAUUUUGUUUGGGUUUUUUUGCAGUGAAUUGUUAGUGCAUUAGCAAUGUAGUGUCUUUAUUUUUUAUCCAGUUGAGAAUGAAUUUGUCGGCCACUCUAUCUGUCUCUCUCUUUCUCUCUUUUUGCUUUGCUUUGCCAACACGGUGCUUCGAAAAGGUGCUUAAAGGUUUUUACGAGGGUCUGAGCAAGCCAGGAGGUAGUCGCUGUUGGUUAUGAAGAUGGCCCGCAAACAGCAGAUUAUAUGUGAGCCGAUUCUGACUUUUUCAUCCUUGAAUAGUUCCCUUUGCUUGGUGGUUGUCCUGACAGGAGACCUAGUGCUUGGUACUGAUGAGCUGUAAACUUCAACAAAGUCAAUGUUAAGCAAGAGAGGUCUAUGUUUUCAAGAUGUCAGAAGUGUGAGAAUGUUUUAUUUCUGGAAGAUAACUGUUGAAAUUAUAACAGUAUGUUACUCAUCAAAAUUGUUCAGUUUUGUUCCUUCUGGUAAUGUUGUGAGGAAGGAUUGAAGUUCUUUUGCUCAUUAUUUCAUGUUUUAUGUUUUAUCUGAUCUGUAAAAAUGUAAUGAAGUUUGUAGAGACUGAAUGCUAUGAGUACUGAAAGAACUUAGUAUUUGUGGAUCCUGUCCGUCUGCUGUGUUUUGAUUGGACUAGAGUUGUGUAAAUAUGUCUCAAGGCUCAGGAACAUACUGUAUAAACCAUGGUUGAGUGCUUGUCAUUCAGAAAGUUUCAUUUUGUUUCUGGAAGUUUUAUAACAAAAACUUUAAGGCUGUUAGUCGAGAGUGAGCUUUUGCCAUUAAUUAUGGCAGGAACAUUCUGUAUUGUAUGAAGUGAAGGCACAAGGUUCCAGUCCUAUUGCUGCAGCAUUAGUGAUGAAUCAACUAUUUAGUGUCUGAUGGGUGUACUGGACACGAGUUCACCGAUUGGUGUCUACUUUCGGAACUAGUGUGAGGUUCACAUACGGGAUGCUUCGGUUUCUUUCCUUUAGCUUGUAGAGCUUUAAUUGUGAAACGCAUGAUCUGAAAGAAAAAUGCCUCGUUGAUAUUGCUUCUGUGUGAAUGUGUUGUGUCACUUUCACUUACUCUCGUCAAGCUUCAAAAUAGACAUCUGCCAAUUUCGGACAGGAGUGGUUUCCUUGGACUACUUUCAUUGUUUUACAAUGAGUGUAUGCUGAUGGACAAUGGAACUGUAGGGGUGCCUUCUUUCUCUUGGAUGUUGCUAUUGUUUUGACUUCUCAUUUACUGAAAGAAUGUGGAAGUUAACAUGUUUUUUGGAUGCAUUCCGAUAGUUUGGAAAUUUUUGUGGAUUAAAGUGCCCAAAUGAUAAUUCAGUUUAUAUUAAGUUUGUAGAUACAGAAAGGUUAGGGGAGUUUCACCUGGAUCACAUUUGACUUUAUUGCCCUGAAAAGAGGUCAGUCAGAGUAGGAAGUGAUUGUGUGGUAGAUGCAGCUGUGGUCACAGACUGUCAUCCGCCAAAUUCAUAAUUACAAGCAAUAGAAGCAGCAGGGUUUGAGAAUGGAAGUGUGUACUUAUAUGUAUGCCAUUGUAUCUUUGUGCAUUAGUUUGCCCUUUUUAUGUACAGGUAUUGUUAGGGCUUAACAUACAGCUGUAGAUUUGAUUGUGUUUGUUAAAUGAGCUUAGGAAGAAUGCAUGUGUUGCCCAAAUAUAUUGUUCUCUUGCUACAGAUGAUAGAAUGAACUUAUUGUUAUAUUUCUAAGUUUGUAGCAAUGUUUCUGCAUAAAGAUGAGUGUAACAGGUUUACAUAGUCUUGAGAGAAAACUGCAGUCAUAAUUUCCUCAAAAGGUGCAUCUAGUCACAAUGCUAAGUGAGAGGUCUCGUUAGGUGACACUUGUUUGAGAGUUGUUAGUUUUUGUUUUAUUUUGUUUUUUUAUUUCAUGGGACUUGUUUUCCUUGUAGUGAGGUCAUAGUGAACUGUGUUGGCUAUACAAUUGUGUUGAUGAUAGGAGAAAAAAAAAGCAUGACAUUUGUGUGUUGCACUUAUUACCUCGUAGAGAAAGCCUUUACCAUGAGAAUUCAUCUAUCAUUAGUACUGCACUGGUUUGAAAGUUUCAUUGUGAAUAGGACUUCAUUGUACACGAAAUGUUGCAUAACUGGUGAGUGUAAGAUAUGAUUGCAUUUGAUUGUUUAGUGUGGCUGGCUCAGCAAAUGAUGUACAGACGUUUCUUUGGGGCUGUAUGUUGUGGGUGGUCACAGUUGUCACAACGAGCAGGUGUUUAUUUGUGAAGCUUUUUUAUUAGAUUGCCCCAUCCAAAGAUUCCUCAACCCUCCUUAUCAACAACCUGUUGUAUGUGCUGUUAUUUGUGCAAUCCAUUUAAUGUAAAGAUCGAAAAAAAUAUCAUCUGUUUUUGAUAUGUUAAAUGAUUAAAAUAUAUUUUGAAAUGUU